AUGCGCCUUUCUGGCCUACAGAGGGAAGUUCUCAAACUAUACCGGCAGUGUCUACGGGCGGCUCGUAAGAAGCCUGAGGCGACACGUGAGAACUUUCGGAACGUGGCACGCCGUGAAUUCCGCAAACAUCAGAUGAUUGAUAGGAAAGACUUCGCCGCCGUCGAGACGUUGCUCCGGAUGGGGACUCGAAAACUCGAGCUCUAUUCGUCCGAUGGGGUCAAGGACAUUCAUUGA